AAUGAAAAGCUCAAAACAACAACAACAUCAGCAAUCUAGGCGAAACACUAUUCCCGCUUCUUACAUUGUGUUGCAAGCUACGAUGCGCUGUCAAAGUUCUCGGUUUAUUUACGUUUGCGUUUCCCCCGCAACAAUCAGCUGAUCCGCAUGAGUCACCGCCUUUUACCUGUGGUUUCAUGACUAUUCCUGUGCCCACAGCGGUCAGGGUUCACCGGCGUAUAAUAGCAAUGCCCGAGCGGAUAAAGCCCGUACUGCACCAGCUAGGACCAGUGUUGCCGUUGUGUUCGCUUCCCGACUGGACCGAACGAUGGAAUCGUUCGGCGUGCUAAGCUCGCUGCUGGAAAAGGUGCACCAUGCUCAGCGGCCGGGCAAGGAGGCGGCGCUGCGCAAGUUUUUCCAGGACUUUGAGCGCUACCGGCAAUCGUGCGCAGAGGGGCCCAAUCGUCCCUCGAUCCACGCGUGGCUGCGGCUGCUCCUGCCCGGGCUGGACCGCGAGCGGAAAGCGUACGGGCUGCGGGAGCGCUCGCUGGCCGAAGCGUACGUCCGGGCGCUCGGGCUCGAUCGGCGCAGCGAGGAUGUGCAGCGGCUGCUCUCAGCUGCCACCGACGACCUGGCGACCCGGCUCGGUUCCCUGCUGCAUGGCCGCUGCCCGGCGGUGGGCGAUCUGACUGUAGCCGACGUGAAUGCUCGACUCGAUGCGAUCGCGGACGGGGGGCCAACGGCCGCCCGGACCGAGCUGGUGCAGCUGAUCGAGCGAGCCAGCCCGCUCGACCAGCGCUGGCUGGUGCGGAUCCUGCUCAGAAACCUGCGUCUCGCGGUGAGCAGUCGGCGGAUACUGCAGCUGUACCAUCCGAGCGCCCCGACGAUUUACGAUGGUGCGAGCGACCUGAAGCAGAUGGUGGAGCAGAUCGAGAGUAGACAGGCGACGGCGAAUGAGCUGCUGGACGAGCCGGAUGGGGCCGUGAUCCGACCGCUGCACUUCGUGCGCCCGAUGCUCUGCCAGCGGCUGGAGCUGCGCCAGGUCGGGGAGCUCCUGGGCCGCGACGCCUACUGGCUCGAGACGAAGAUGGACGGCGAGCGGUUCCAGGUGCACUGGGACGGCGAGACUUUCCGGUACUACUCGCGUAACGGGCACGACUACAGCGAGUCGUUCGGGCGGAGCGCGGACCAGGUCGGCGGCACACUGACGCCCAUGCUAGCCACCCUGCUCGCACCCUCCGUUCGGUCGCUCGUGCUGGACGGCGAGAUGAUGGUGUUCGAUCGGCGCACGCUCCGCUACCGGGACAAGUGCGACGGCACGGACGUGAAGGCACUGCGCCCGGGCAACACGCAGCUGCGACCCUGCUUCUGUGCGUACGACGUGCUGCACCACAAUGGCCGCUCGCUCGCCGGCGUACCGUACGCCGAGCGGGCCCGCCUGCUCGCCGAAUCGGUGCGCGAACAGUUCGGCUUUCUCGAGCGGUGCCGGCGGGUGCGUGUGCGCGACCCGCCCCACCUGCUCGAGCUGAUCAACGGCGCGAUCGACGAGCGGCAGGAGGGCGUGGUGUUGAAGCGCGAGGACGCACCGUACCGGCCGAACCGGCGGGCCGGCACCGGCUGGUACAAGAUCAAGCCGGACUACGUCGACGGGCUGGUGGUGGACUUCGAUCUGCUCGUGCUGGGCGGCUUCUACAACCAGCGCCGCACGUACGUGAACGCGUUCCUGGUCGGGGUGGCGGCCCGCACCACCCCCCGCCCCGAGUACCUCUCGGUGGCGAAGGUGUCGAUGGGCUUGGGGACGCUCGAGUGGCAGCAGCUGAACCAAACGCUGCGGCCCCACUGGCGAACGGGCCCGUUGGACGGUGGUGAUGGUGGUGCGGUGGUGCAGUGCGGGCAGACCGCGCCCGACGUGUGGAUUGCGCCCGCCGACUCGAUCACGCUGCAGCUGCGCGGCUCCGAGCUGGUGCGGAGCGAUUCGUACGCCGCCGGAUACACCAUACGCUUCCCGCGCAUCGUCACCGUCCGGCCGGACAAGCUGCCGGACGAGGUGUGCACGCUGGACGAGCUGGAGCAGGUGGCAGGCAGUAACAGGGCGGCCCCGAGCGCAGGCGGCCAACGGGCCACCAAGCUAGCCAAGCGGCACGUCACGCUGGAGGACCUGAGCGCACCGCCGACCGUGUCCAAAGCGAAGGCGCCACGCAAACGGGCGGCGCUGGUCACGUUCGAGCGCAACCCGGAGCAGGAAUCGUCCCCGCUGCCGGGCGGCAUGCUGCACGGCAGGGACGUGUGCGUGAUGAGCGUGGGCAGUCAGCCGGGCGCAGCCACCAUCGACGCACUCGAGCGGCUCGUGCGGCGGCACGGUGGCCGGGCCGUCGCCAACCCGACCCCGGCCACGUACGCCAUCGUGGCCGGGCGCGUCACCUUCAAGGUGCGCAAGUACAUGGAGACGGGCCGCUGGGACGUGGUGCGGGACGAAUGGUUGCUGCGAGCCGGCACCGAGGGUAGGCUGGAAGCGUUCCGGCCGGAGGAUAUGCUCAGCGCAACGGAGCCGACGCGCAUGCGGCUGGCGCAACAGUACGACCGGUAUGGUGACUCUUACACGCGCCCCACCACACCGACCUCGUUCGGCGCCCUGUUGCGCCGCAUGGGAGGCGACACUGGCGAGCCGGGCCGCCUGACCGACCGGGAGGUGGUACGGGGCGAGCGGAUGCUGCUGGGCGUGCGGCACGCCACCCGCAUGCGUUUGUUCCGCGGUCUCACCGGACGGCUGUACCGGUCCGCGCAAGCGUGGGAUGGGCAGGUCGCCGAGUUCCGGGCCCAGCGGGACAUGCUGCGCUUCGUGCAGUACGGGGGCCGCUGGUUGCGCGACUCCGAGCCGGGGCGCGCGCGUUACGUGUUUGUUGCGCCCGGCGCUACCGCCACGGUGCAGGAGAUGGAGCGGUGGGCCGACCAGAUGGCGCACGGUGAGCCGGCGAGCGGGGAUGACACGACACUGCUGCAGGUCCGCUGGAUUGCGCGCUCGAUCGAGGCGGGACAGUUGUGCGAUGGGGCGGAUUUUAUCGUUGCUGACUGAAAAGGUCACAAAGCAUCAGGAUAGCACUUAGCAUAGACAUACAUUAGUGUUGGGUUUCCUUGAAUCUUUCGUUGAGAUUCAUUCAUAUGAAGCUUCAGUGAUUCAGUGAUUCGACUCUCGAAUCGGCUCUUCAAAGUUUUAUCUCCAAGGAUUCAUCUCUAAAGAUUCAUCUCCAUGGACUCAUUUCCAAAGAUUCAUUUUUAAAGAUUGAUCUCCAAGGAUUCAUGUCUUAAGAUUCAUCUUCAAGGAUUUAUUUAUAAAAAUCAACUUUUCAAAGAUUUAUCUCCAAGGAUACAUCUCCAUGGACUCAAUUCUAAAGAUUGAUCUGGUAAAGAUGUCCAAGGGUUUGACUCUUCAGCGAUUCAUAAAUCCAUCAAAUAUCUCCAUCAUAAAGCCAGCAAAUAUGCAUCUGUAGAGAUGAUUUUGUGUGAUUUUCAAAAUAUUGAAUUUGCGCGACCCUACCACUGUCUCCCCUUAGCGAAACAAACUAACCGGCUGCGUGGUACUUACCAAGAAGUCUCGAAAGCUUGUAUAGGUUGGCAUGACUAGGUUGUUACGCCAAGAAGAAGAAUAAUGAAAAGCUCAAGCUCUAUGAAUCCUUGGAGAUUUCCUAGGAAAUUAAUCCCUAGAGAUUCGUGGAUCUUUCGAGAUUCAUGAAUCUUUGCAAUCCAGCUUCAGAUGCAUUGAAUCAUUUCAAAGAUUCAUUCCGAUUCAAGCAUCUGAAUCAGAAUUACCCAACACUACUAUACAUGUAUUCAAAAAACAAAUCCUAAUUAAUGUACGUUAUCCAAUUGUAAAAUGUUUCUACCACGUAGCAGCACUGUAAAUAAUAAGCAACGUAGAAACACGACCAACAAACGAAAGAAUAGAAUUAUGAAAAAGA